UCAUCUCCAUGAAAGUCCCCUUUACACUUAGAGGCACUAGCAUAGUUAUGGGAGAAGAGAAGACAGCGCCUUUGGAAUUGGAUCGAUGCAUGCUAGCAGAAAAUCAAACAUCUCCCCACCACUCUAAUUGAUAUUUGAUAUAUGAAUGGGAAAUGAAAAACGUCUCCUCACAAUUCAAUUUCCCAACCCAAGAAGCAAACGAAAAAGAAAGAUCAUCAUCGGGAACUUGUGAAUGGGAUUUCAAUCUCUCAACAAUUGUGUCUUCAAGCGGCGGCUCCACCGGAGGAGCCGUAUCAAACACCAUCGGCGUGAUCGAGUUCGACCCAUCAAACGCCGUCGUAGCCACCGGCGGAAUCGCAAGAAAAAUCAGAGUUUACAGCUUCAACUCUCUGCUUCCCAGUGAUCGAUUUUGCCAAGCCAAUUUGUUAGACCACGUCACUGCAUGCGCCUACACUCUCUGCACCCCAGCCAAGCUCAGCAGCCUCCGUUGGCGACCCGGAUCCGACGGCCGGGUCCUCUGCUCCGGAGACUACGACGGCGUCGUCACUGAGUACGAUCUCGAAACGCGCCUCCCCAUCUUCGAGCGCGACGAGCACGGCGGGCGCCGGGUCUGGAGCGUCGAUUACUCCCAUUCGGAUCCGUUUCUCGGGGCAUCCGGCUCCGACGACGGGACACUCCAGAUGUGGGACCCGCGCUGCGACGGCGGGGAAUGCGUGGCUAGUGUGCAGCCCAGCAAGGCGGGUAAUCCGGUCUGCUGCUUGGAGUUCGAUCCUUUCGGUGGGGCCUUGGUGGCCGUCGGAUGUGCGGACAGGAGGGCGUACGGGUACGAUAUGCGGAAAAUGGUGGACCCGGUUUUGGUCUUCGACGGGCAUAGGAAGACCGUGACGUAUGUCCGGUUUAUCGACGGGUGUACGGUGGUGACAGCUGGCACGGACGGGUGUUUGAAGCUGUGGGACACGGAGGAUUCGCGGGAGAUUCGGACGUACAAGGGGCACACAAAUAAUCGGAGCUUUGUCGGGUUAUCGGUGUGGAGGAAUGGGAAGCUAAUCGGGUGCGGGUCGGAGGAUAAUAGGGUGUAUGUGUACGAUAAGAGGUGGGGCGAGCCCAUUUGGUUGCAUGGGUUUGGAGCGGUGGGUGAGGGUAGUAGUGGUGGGUGCGAUGAGGAGCUGGGGUUUGUGAGCAGCGUUUGCUGGAGACAAGUUGGUGAGGAGCAGUGCACACUUAUCGCUGGCGGGUCGGAUGGGGAUUUGCAGGUUUUUUCGGGCAGAAGAAAGCCAUUAAUGUUGGAUUAUUAG